UUCCUGCAAAAUUUCAGCUUAAAAUAUUGUUAUGGCGAUUGACGAUACUGUAUCCGAGAUUUUUUAAAUAUAUCGGUAAUACUUGCAGAUUAAAGUCCUUACAGAUCAUUUAUUCAUAGACUGGGAUAUGUUCGUGAAUGAAGAUGAACGUGAGAUUAUGAAGAGAUAUGCUGAGACUGGCAGGUGGUUGACAUUAAUAUACGCUUCCUAUGUAUAUAUAAGUACAAUGUUUUUCGCAACAACCGCUUUCGUGCCACGUAUCUUGGACGUUCUGUUUCCUUUGAACACUUCCCGUUCGGCAAUGUUACCAUAUCCGGCGCAUUACUUCGUUAACGAAGAGCAAUAUUUCUACUAUAUUUUUUGCCAUAUGAUAUUUUCUGCCGCAUUAGGUAUGACUGGAUUAAUCGCUCAUGAUUGCAUGCUCUUUGUUUACAUAGAACACGUUUGCGGCCUUUUCGCCGUGAUUGGUCACACGAAUAUUUGCAGAUUUCGAUUUGAACAUAUAUUAUAUAAGCAGGAUAAUCCAAAAAAUAUGAUAAUUAAACAUUCGGUUGAUGUGUAUAGCCAACAUAUUAUGUUUUCGAUUUCCGCUCAUCGAAGAGUCUUGCAGUUCGCAGUACUGCUUGAAAGUACCUUUACAAUAUCGUUCGCUGUACAAGUCUUCAUAGUUACAGUCGGCAUGAGUAUUAGUUUAGUACAAUUCUCGAUGCAUUUGCACGAUUUAACGGAAGCAAUGAGAUACUUGGUUUUCAUUAUUGCUCAAAUGUUCCACUUAUUUUGCUUUAGCUUCCAAGGGCAAAAAUUGAUAAAUCAUAGUCUCGAAACUUGCGACAAAAUAUAUAAUAGCUCAUGGUACAAAAUACCGGUGAAUGCGCAAAGGUUGCUCUUGAUUGUGAUGAGAAGAAGCAUCAUAGUUAGUACUUUGACUGCUGGCAAGAUAUACGUAUUCUCCUUAGAAAGUUUUACGACGGUAAAGCAAUCAUCAUCACUGUUGUGCUUAAUUGAUUUCAAAAUUAGCUAG